AUGCUCAACCGGAUGACCAAGCCCAUGCCAUGGCCUAUGUGCCAUCACACGAUGCAGCCAGCGGAUCGACCGGUUAACACCUAUUCUGCUCCCAUGGCAGCAACAGUCCACAGCUGCAUCGACCCGAAGAUGGGCUUUUACACCGUCAAGACGGAGGAGGAGUCGCGCAAGGAGAAGACAGACUUUGCCAUUCACCCAGGCACCGGCUCUACUACCGGAGGCCAGUGCCAGUGCCAGUGCCAGUGCCAGUUCAAGAUCAUCGAUCUCCAGGGCCGGGUCAGCAAGCUGGAAACCGACCCGAGCGGCAUCACGAUGGAUGCCCGCGGACUAAUUAGCAGUAAUAAGUUUUUCUAUUGGGACAGCGUCGUUAUCACGACGGACAAGAACAAGGAUGAGGGCAGCGUCCGGGCCUGCCUCGCCGAGCUGGGGCUACAUGCGCUUGAUAUCGGCCUUCUCACUCGCACUGAGAGGCCAGAUCGCAGUACAAAGAGCUGGCUUAUUGAUAUCCGGUGGAAGGACCGGGUAAAAUUCUUUAAAGCCGCACCUGACCUGAAAAGAAAGCAGCUAGGGGUGAAGAAUCGUGAAGCACCCGUGGCUUCGCUGAGUGCCAUCAAAGCGAAAGGCGGCAAACACCCACGGACAGAACCAGUAUACGGGCUCACAUACUCAGCAUCACCUAGUAGGCUCGACCGGUCCCACAACCAGGCGCCAGCACCCCGUGACCCGAGGCCCAGCUCUGCCGCCGGCCGCACCAUGGAUAUUGAUGGCUUCAUUACCACCUCAGGGCGGAGGAGUUCCAAGGACCAGGAUCGAGACGGCCAUGUGACGCUAGUGCUUGGUCUAGCUGUAGGAGGAACUGGGACGAGUGCCAAAGGGUGCUGCCAAAAGAAGCGAGCAGUGUUUGAGAUUUCCCGUUAUCGUGACUAUGCUGCUCUGUUCACUGAUGGAUCCCAGGUCAUGCAUGCACUAAAUGGGGUGAUCAUAGACCUAUCGAAUGGGGCCUGCAACAGCACGGAGUCGGUGGAGCGCAUUAGUACCCUCCUGCGGAAGGUGCUGAUUCGAGUAUUUGCGGGUCGCAGGCCUGAGGGUAUGCAAGCGGGGGGUGGUGCAUUAUGGUGGAACGAGGAAUGCCAAAGCGUCCGGCAGCACAUGCUUGCCUGCAGGGUGCGGCUUGGCCCUGGCAGGGUCGAGAAUAAGUCAGGCCCCUUGUGGGAAGCAUUCUGCAAGGCACGUAACGCAAUGAACCGUGCCAAACGUCGUGCCCGAGCAGCAUAUGAUGCAGAGAGAAUGCGUGAGUUCGUGGUAAGGUGCAGGCACGAUCAGCGCGCACUAUGGCGGGCCUUGGGAGGGCAACUCAAGGAGCGUUGCGCGAUUGAUGACUUGCAUGUAUUUCGGGAUCAUUUUGCCACCUUGUUAAAUGCAGGGGUUGGGGAGACGGGUGUUGAAGUGACGCUAGUGCUUGGUCUAGCUGUAGGAGGAACUGGGACGAGUGCCAAAGGGUGCUGCCAAAAGAAGCGAGCAGUGUUUGAGAUUUCCCGUUAUCGUGACUAUGCUGCUCUGUUCACUGAUGGAUCCCAGGUCAUGCAUGCACUAAAUGGGGUGAUCAUAGACCUAUCGAAUGGGGCCUGCAACAGCACGGAGUCGGUGGAGCGCAUUAGUACCCUCCUGCGGAAGGGUCGAGAAUAA